AUGCUUUUUGUUUCGGAACUGAAGGAGAGCUUCAACUAUGGUUUGUUCUGCCCACCAGUCAAUGGCAAGGCCGGGAAAUUCCUGGACGAAGAACGACGACUCGGCGAUUACCCAUUCAACGGACCUGUCGGAUAUCUUGAGCUAAAAUACAAACGGCGCGUCUACAAAAUGCUGAAACUAGACGAAAAAACUCUGAAGGCCCUGCACUCGCGGGCUAACCUGAGGCGGUUCUUAGAGCACGUGACACAUGCUCAAAUCGAUAAGAUCACUAAAGCGUGUGCCAAAGGACUCGAUCCCAAUUUCCAUUGUCAGGAGACAGGCGAAACACCUCUAACAAUAGCGUCUGGCCUAAAAUCACCUGGGAAAGUCCUGAUUGCUCUUGUCAAUGGCGGCGCUUUAUUGGACUACAGGAAUAAAGAUGGCAGUACAGCUAUGCACAGGGCUGUAGAAAAGAACUCUCUGGAAUCUGUGAAAACGCUCCUGGAACUCGGAGGGUCUCCUAACUAUAAAGAUGCGAAAGGCUUAACUCCAUUGUACCAAUCUGUGACGAAUAAAACAGAUCCGUUAUUAUGUGAGACGUUACUGCACGACCAUGCAACGAUUGGAGCUACCGAUCUGCAGGGAUGGCAGGAAGUACACCAGGCAUGUCGCAACGGCUUAGUUCAGCACCUUGACCACCUACUCUUUUAUGGCGCGGACAUGAACAGUCGCAAUGCAUCCGGCAAUACUCCACUACACGUCUGCGCUGUCAACGCACAGGACUCGUGUGCGAGGCAGCUGCUCUUUAGAGGGUGUGAUAAGGAAGCGCUCAAUUUCGCAAACCAAACACCUUAUCAGGUGGCUGUAAUAGCAGGCAAUUUAGAACUGGCAGAGGUGAUCAAGAACUACAAAGCGGAGGAGAUUGUGCCAUUUCGCGGACCUCCACGGUACAAUCCAAAGCGACGGUCAGCGGCUUGGGGGGGAUGGUGGACAGCAGGGGACAGAUCUUCCCUGGCUUCUUCGACUCGAAUACCUGCUGAGCUUGACACUCUGCUGAGACGACAACCUGGCCCUACAGCAUCGCCCUGCAGCCUUGAGAGACCAUUUUCGUCGGCGUCAUCAAGCAUUAGUGACGCGAGCCAUCCGAGCCACGAGGACGAUGCCAGUAUUCUCACAGAUAAAAGUGCUGGAGAUACGAGCGACAUCAUAUCCGACUCGAGCGGUGUCGGCACCAGCAACUCCGACACCACGUGUUCGCUACAAGGUGGCGCCACCGUAGUUUGUCUACAACCUUAUGAGUCCACUGCCAGAGGACACCUGCGGCUUAACCAAGGCGAUAUUAUUGAAGUGAGUGGAGCUACAGAAGACGGUCUUCUACGGGGCACGGUGCGAGGGUCUGGCGCUAGCGGCUUCUUUCCAAUGCAAUGUGUGCAAGAGGUGCGCUUGCGACAGAACACCAACCAUAUGCACGAGGUACUAGCUUCAGGUCCAAUUCAUCACUCACGGGUGACAGGGAGGAGGGAAAUGGCUCUAAGCAAAACCUAUAGUGCAACGGCGCCUAGGAUUAAAAAGACGUACGGCACCAUGGAGACGCGCACGGUGGUGCUGCACCGCGCGCGGCGCGGCUUCGGGUUCGUGCUGCGCGGCGCCAAGGCCUCGUCGCCGCUCAUGGAGCUGCGCCCCUCCGAGCGCUGCCCCGCGCUGCAGUACCUCGACGACGUGGACGCGGGCGGCGUGGCCGACCGCGCAGGCCUCAGGAAGGGAGACUUUCUUGUGGCGAUAAAUGGCGAGGAUGUGUCGGCUGCGUCGCAUGAGCACGUGGUAGAGCUCAUCCGCAGCUCCGGCGCACUCGUCUCCAUGACUGUUGUCUCGUUGAAUAACCAUACUGGUAACAACGAGAACAACACGUGUAUGGUGCCCACGAGUAAGUCUCAGAAUCAACUGUCCAGUUCUGGUCGUCCUUACGCAGCGACACUGCCCAGGAAGGCCGCGGCAGGUCGCGCGCCUGCGCCCGCGCCGCCGCGCCGCGACCCGCGCACGACGCUGAGCGUGGGCCGCGCGCGCGCCAAGUCCAUGGUCGCCGGCCUCGAGAAUGGCGGUGAGAAAGAAGAAAGUUGUGAACCACUAAGCGUAGCUGGCAAGUCAUCGUCUGCUGAGUCUGUGCAACUACCCAGCGGGAGUAACACGGGCACGCCCGUGUCGGGCACGCCCGUGGCGCCGCGCACCGCGUCUAUCCGCGCGCGCCCCGCCUCCUCGCGCAUCACGGCCGCCGAGCUCGAGGAGCUGUUCCAGAGGCAGGCCGAUGCCGACACCAUUGGUGGGAACAACGCCAUGAUGACUCGCUCAGCGUUCCAAGGCGGUUCUAAUUCUCCACCCUAUUCACCGGCGAGGGCACCCACACGAGUCUAUGCCUCGGUUGCCGAGAUGAAACGAUCAAGGGGAAAGUUGUGGAGCAAAUCGACGAGUAGUCUUCGUCGAGACUUCCAUUCAACCCCCGAUCUGGCUGCCGAACACACAACACAUCCACCGCGAACUAGAUCUAGUGAAGAUGUACAUGGUCCAGGGCGGGUUCCCCCGCCGGCCCAUCCUCCCCCACCGCCCCCGUCAAACAAUGUACGACCUCCAGCGUCUACGUUCAGGCCAAGUGAUCAAGCAAAACUUUACGCGUCACCCACCGACCUUGAAACAGUCGCGUACAGACCUACUGAUACCUCUAGCCGCAAGUCUGCGUCGCUCCGCUCGUGGGCGGGCGGCGCGCGCGCACUGAGCGCGGACGAGCCCGCCAACCAGUACGCGCAGCCCUUCAACUCGCACAAGGGGUUCGUCAGACAGAACUCGACGCCAGCGCCGCCCAUCCCUGAGCCCGACUACAGCAUGUCGGAAUCGGACGACGAGGGCGACACCAAGCCCAAGGUCGAGCCCGCCGCCGUCGCGGAGACCAGCGCUAACAGUAAUGCGAGCGGGAGCAGCUCGGGUUCGAGUUCGAUGCAGCACUCGUUCUCGGUGGACGAGAUACAGAAGAUUCGCACGCGACUCAAGUCGUCGAAGUCGUGCGGCGACUCGCUCGGCGAGCGCGACGACGGCGACAACUCGUCGUCCGGCGUGUCCAGCGACCAGGAGGUGGCGCGCCCGCCGCCGCGCCGCGACAAGGUGUCCUUCUGCAGCUCCGUCACCGUCAAGUCGUCCAACGACGUCAUCAGCACCGAGCCCGUGCACUCGUCCAGCGAGUCGCUGGCGCCGCCGCCGCCGCCCAUGCAGCGCCACAACUCGCUCACGCGCAAGCGCGCCACGGCCGCGCUGCUGCGGGGCGCGGCGGGGGCGGGGGCGGGCGGCGUGCGCGGGCGCAGCGCGGCCGAGCGGCUGGGCGUGGGACGUGGCGCGCGCGCCCCGGGCGGCGCGGGCUGGGCGCGGGGCUGCUGGCGCAGCUGCCGCCGCCGCCCGAGGAGGGGGGCGCGGCGGGGGACGCGGCGCCGGUGCUGGCGCCGCCGCCGCAGUUCAGCGACCGCGUGCGCGUGGUGGCGGCGCUGCCCAAGCGCCUGGCGCACCUGCAGUAGCGCACUACCAAAGAUUAGCGCGAGCCGCGAGCUCGAUCCCGGCCGCGACGCUUCCGAACCCUCUGCGACGCAACCGAGUGCCAUCGUGUCUAUCGUUUUAGUCUAUUUUUGUAUGAUAUGUAUCUGUAAAUAUGUAUCCGGGGCCGUCCUCGGAGGGGUGGAUCGACUCGUCGCCGCGGCGCCGUCCGCCCGCGUGUCCUAUAGUAUAUUUAUCGAUGCGAAUUAUUUAAAUUACCGGUAUUUAUAA